AUGAACGGCACGGAAGGCCCGAACUUUUAUGUGCCCAUGUCAAACCGGACCGGUUUGGUACGCAGUCCAUUUGAGGAACCGCAGUACUACCUGGCCGAGCCAUGGAAGUACUCUUUGCUAGCCGCCUACAUGCUUUUCCUUAUUAUCACGUCCUUUCCCAUCAAUUUCCUAACGCUGUACGUGACUGUGAAACACAAAAAACUCCGCACGCCCUUAAAUUACAUUUUACUCAACCUAGCGGUGGCCGACCUCUUCAUGGUCAUUGGGGGGUUCAGCGUGACCCUCUAUACCGCGCUGCAUGGUUAUUUCGUCCUGGGGGUGACUGGCUGCAACAUCGAAGGCUUUUUUGCAACCAUGGGUGGUGAGAUAGCGCUGUGGUCUUUGGUGGUUUUGGCUAUAGAGCGGUACAUUGUGGUGUGUAAGCCCAUGACGACGUUUCGUUUCGGGGAGAAGCAUGCCAUUGUUGGUGUGGGCUUCACCUGGAUCAUGGCUCUGACCUGUGCUGUUCCUCCACUGCUCGGCUGGUCUAGGUAUAUUCCUGAGGGAAUGCAGUGUUCAUGUGGGAUAGAUUACUACACUCCUAAGCCAGAGAUCAACAACACCUCAUUUGUCAUCUACAUGUUCAUCCUCCACUUCUCUAUUCCUCUACUUAUCAUCUUUUUCUGCUACAGCCGCCUUCUGUGCACCGUCCGUGCGGCUGCUGCCCAGCAGCAGGAGUCAGAGACCACUCAGAGGGCAGAGAAAGAAGUGACUCGCAUGGUGGUUGUCAUGGUGAUAGCUUUUUUGGUUUGCUGGUUACCCUAUGCCAGUGUGGCCUGGUACAUCUUUGCCAAUCAGGGUGCAGACUUUGGCCCUGUCUUCAUGACUAUUCCCGCCUUCUUUGCCAAGAGUGCUGCUCUUUAUAACCCUGUCAUUUACAUCCUGCUCAACAGACAGUUCAGGAGCUGCAUGCUGACCACGGUGUGCUGCGGAAAGAACCCAUUUGGUGAAGAGGAGAGCACAACUUCUGCCUCGGCGAAAACGCAGUCCUCUGCCGUGUCCACAAGCCAGGUCGCCCCUGCCUGA